UGAAUUUUGUAAUUCACAUCUAAUAAUUGUGAAUGUACAGUUACAAAGUGUGAAUGAUCAAAUUCAUAAUUGUUAACUGUGAAUUUACACUUACUAACUACAAAUUUUAGUUAUAUGCUGUGCAUUGGUAAAAUCGCAACUGUAGUGUUGAUGUGAGAGUGUGAGAAGUGUUAGUUGACAGUGCCGUUAUACCUGUCUAAUGGAUGAAGUAAUUAAUUUUUAUUUUACUUUGGGAUUUCGGCAGAUGGAGAUUCUGUCUUGUCUGUAUCUUAUUCACAACGAAAUUAUUAGUAAGCGUACAUUACAAAGAAAACUAAAAGCAAUGGGGUUGUACAGAAGAAAGAAUGUUUCGGAUGUCAUCACAAUUGCUACUUUUAUCAAGAGAAACCUUGAAACUUAUGGACAACUACAUGGAUAUAGGUGGAUGCACCUUAAGUGUCUGCAAAAUGGACUUGUUGUGACGCAACAAAUGGUAAGGAUACUUUUACAAACUCUUGAUCCAGAGGGUGUUGAAAUACGCACUCGUCGAAGAUUACGCCGCAGGCAAUAUAGAAAUAAAGGACCGAACUUCUUAUGGCACAUGGAUUGUUACGACAAGUUGAAACCAUUUGGUAUCUGCAUAAGUGGGUGCAUUGAUGGUUUUUCGAGAAACAUAAUAUGGUUAAGAGCGGGUAACAACAGCAAUGACCCUAGAGUAAUUGCGUCAUACUACAUAGAUGUAGUUCUAUCAAUAGAAGGGUGCCCAAAAACAGUUAGGGCCGACUUAGGAACUGAGAAUGGAGUUGUCGAACAAUUACAACUGUAUCUAAGAGAAAACAAAUGGCAUUCAGAGCCACUUUGUAGUUUACCUCCUUUCUUAUAUGGAACAAGUCCCGCAAAUCAGCGAAUUGAAGCAUGGUGGGCUAUCCUUAGAAAACAGUACAGUCAAUUUUGGAUCAAUCUUUUUCACGAGCUAAAGGAUAAUGGACAGUUUUCUGGCUCUUAUCUUGAUAAGUCUUUAAUACAGUUUUGUUUUUUGCGUCUAAUCCAGAAAGAACUUGAUAUUGUUGCCACUGAGUGGAAUAUGCAUCGUAUCUCCUCAUCAAGAAAUAGUGUUUCUCCUAGGGGGCGGCCUUUUGUAAUGUAUCACAUGCCCGAAAUAUACCAAUCGAGAGAUUAUUUAUGCAAAGUCAGUAUUGAACAUAUAAAUCUCUGUCGAGAAUUUUGCGCUGUUAUCGAUGAAAAGCCAUGCGAUUCAGACGUUUACGAACUUUCAGCAAUUCUUAUGGCGGAAAAUCAGUUAGCAUUGCCGGAGAAUCCCUAUGAUGCGGUAGAUUUAUACAUCAUUUUGAGAGAUAUGCUGUUAAAUGUGUUAUAAUGCUAAUGUACUUCACUGUUUUAUGCUACUUUUCUAUCUUAGAUUAUGGCUAACUACACAACUCUUAUACUGUAAUACUUUGUUUCAUUA